AAACCCAACGUUCUCAGACUAAGUUUUGGGGCGGACCCCGAACCUUACCCUACGACCAAAAGCAGAGAGGAGAAAUGGCGGUCUCCUCCGCCGCUGCCGCAGCGCUGCCCACCGCCUGCAUCCGCCGGUGUCCCGCCUCCCCUCGCCUCUCCGAGCUUCCCUCCUUCCAGUCCCUGCACGUCACAUCGCAUAUUCUUCCCGCAGCGGGUAGCGGGCGACUCGCUGCAUUACCGCGACGCCGCCUCCUUCCAAGGAUAGGAGCAAAAAAGCAAUCUUUCUCUUCCUUUGAUGAAUUACUGGAGAAAUCUGAUAAACCUGUCUUGGUUGACUUUUAUGCAACAUGGUGCGGUCCUUGCCAAUUAAUGGGUCCUAUUCUUGAACAAGUGGGUGAAAAGAUGAAAGAUAAAAUUCAAGUGAUUAAGAUCAAUACAGAAAAAUACACUAGCAUUGCCAAUCACUACCAAAUUGAGGCAUUGCCAACAUUCAUUAUUUUCAAGGAUGGGAAGCCACUUGACCGCUUUGAAGGAGCUCUGCCUGCUAAUCAGCUUAUCCAACGCAUUGAAGCUGCACUGAAAGUGAAUCAGUAGCUUUUCAACUCUAAAAUUGGUGGUAUUUGAUAAGUUCUGAUUCAGGAGGUUGAUAGAGUCACUGCAGCAGUGUAGUUUCAAUGCAACAAGAUAUGAGCUCAUGUUGUAGAUCCAACAAUCCAGUUCAUUUAGUAAUACUGUGCACUGUUGCAUUGGAACUCUCAAGAUUUUGAAUUUCUUAAAAUGAACUGAUCUUGGAUUUCUUCUGAUUCAUGAAAUUAUCACCAACAAUCUUGUUAUAAGCAUUGAUGUUAUAAAAAUAAUAUUGUCUUAUUUUUAAUUUAUUUGUUUAACAAAAAGAUCUUUAUUAUCA